AUGGAAGUUGUGAUGCCAGUGCCACCUGUGGACUUCAACUUCGAUAGCACUUGUUCUUCUCCUUACAUGACAGCUCCUUCAAGUCCUCAAAGAUUUGGAAACUUCUUCUUGAGUGCCCCAACAAGCCCCACUCGUACUUCUUCUUUCUACAGGGAGCUAAAUGAUGUUACUCUUUCUACAAAUUCAUCUUCUUCAAUGAUCCCUUUUGACUGGGAAGAGAAGCCUGGAACUCCUAAAUCCAAGAACCAAAGAGAAGACAACAGCAGGAACGAUAGAGUUUCAGACAUCAUGUUUGACCAAGAAGAGAAUUCCCAGAAUUCAAAUUCUAUUGCUUCAAAAGCAAGCACCCCCAAAUCAUCUCACACAUCUUCUAUCUUAUCCGCGAUGUCAUUCACGUCGAAAAGGUACAAGAAAUGGAAGCUAAAGGACUUAUUGCUAUUCAGAAGCGCAUCAGAAGGUAGCAGAACAACAAGUUGCAAUCAUGAGCUAACAAGAUUUUCAGUUAUGUCCAAAAAAGAAGGGACAGAGGAUGUCAAGAAUUCUAGCUUUCGAUCCACGGAUAGUGUAGGGAGUGCCAGGAGGAGAUCAGGGCCUAUAUCAGCUCAUGAGGUGCAUUACACAGUGAACCGGGCUGUUUCAGAGGAAAUGAGAAGGAAAACGUUCUUGCCUUACAAGCAAGGUCUUUUGGGGUGCUUAGGAUUCAAUGCUGUUGCAAGUACGCAUGAGAUCGCUAGAGGUGUUGGUUCUUUGACACGUGGAUGAUUCAGAUCACCUCGAUCUUGUUUUGUGAUUUGAGUUUUAAUGAUUAGCAAAGUAUAUUUGCUAUUACAUAUAUAAUUAUAGUGUUAAUUACUUUGUGUCUGUAUCCAUGAAAUGGACACAAAUUGUAUGAAAAUACUGCAUAAUUGAUAAAAAGGCAUCUCCAGGAUUAUAAAUCGUGUAAAACUACUUGUGGUUGGUUGGGUCUGAGAUGUUGUUUAUCAAGUAAAAUAUUUAAAGAGAAAUGUAGUUUUUAUGCUUA